ACAAAAAAUUGUUUUCGGUCAACGGAGGGGUGUUUAAAAUUUUUUUGCUCGAAACGGUCGUGGAAGCGGGAGUGCGUGCCAAGUGCAUACAAAAACAAAGACUUUUUUUAUCGAACUGGAAUGAAAUGAUUUAGAUCAGACACUCGCAAAGGAUUUUUUUAGGUGUGUUAUUUACUUAUCAACACCUGGGUGAACGUGGAGUGCAAUUGCAAUUAUAUAAAGUCGCGGAAGUAACUGCAUAUUAACAACUUUUAAUUUCUGCGCCGAGCCAUGGGUCAGAUCGUGGGCUCCAUGCAGAUGAACGUGGCCGAUGUGUUUGGCAAUCGGCGGAAGAGGAAGCGCAGCACGGACUCCUCAUUGGGCAAGGAUGAGCAGGCCCAGCUGGACGCGACACUGCCCAAGAAGAAAAAGCUUCUGACCACCACCCAGUACAUAUACAAGGCUCUGUUUAAGGAGCAAAAGAACUCGGAUGUGUCCGUGAUGGCUCUGGAUAAGGUGUGGCAUCUGCACAAGGUCUAUUUGAGUCAGAGUCCCUACUUCUACACCAUGUUCAAUGGGACGUGGCGGGAGGCGCAGCAGAAAUUCGUGCAGAUCACGAUCCUCGACGAUCGGAUCACCGUGGCCAGCCUGGAUGCUGUAUUCGGAUCGAUGUACUCUGACGAGAUCGAGAUCGAGCCGACGGAUGUGAUCCCAGUUCUGGCCACGGCCACGCUGUUCCACUUGGAUGGGAUCAUCGACAAGUGCGCCGAGGUGAUGGUGGAUACCAUCAGUCCAGAGACAGCCAUCCAGUACUAUGAGGCUGCCUGCCAGUACGGUGUGGUGGGUGUGAAAAAGUCCACGUUCCAGUGGUUUCAAAUCAACCUGUUGAGCAUCUACAGCAAGCAGCCAAACCUGCUCAGACACAUCUCCAUCGAACUGAUGAGUGCUCUGACCGGUAGUCAUGACCUGUACGUUAUGCAGACCGAGUUCUCACUUUACACUCUGCUGCGCACGUGGAUGUUCCUGCGAUUACAUCCCGACUACGACCCCGAGGAUCCUGUGCAGAGGGCGGAGGCGCUAAAGACGCAAGAGCGCUUAACGAAUGCUGGCGUGGAAACGCACACGCCCAGUGUGGAUGUCGUCCAGUGGACGUACUUCACCAACCGCAUGGAGGAGCGCUCGUUUCUCGCCACGCCCGAGGGACAGCCCUACGUGAAAGUCUUCCAGAAACUGCGCACCCAGUACCUGACCAACCACUACAUGGAUCUUAAGAUUAUCUAUAACGACAACAUAAUACCCAAGGAGUGGCUCUAUCGGCACAUCCAUAACCACUGGGAUGCCCUGUUGCGAAUAGACCAUGGUCAGGAAGAUUGCAGUCCCCAUCAUAUGGAUGACGACCAAUUCUUUGAAAACUGCAUGCGCUGCGGCCGACUGCUGCUUGAGCCCGGUUACCAGAAAUGGCGCUGGACCGGCUUCAAUUUCGGCAUGGAUCUCAUCCUUAUUAUGGACUCGCGCAGACUGAAUAUUCGUCGCCACCACCGGCACGAGCACGAGCGAGUGCUUAGCCUUCAGACGAAGCGCAAAUUCAUGAUCCGCACAACGGUGACAUCGAUCAAUGCCCAACGGCAGGCGGUGUUCACCCAGACUUCGGAGAUAUGCUCGCUCAGUCUGGAGAAGAAUGAGGAGGUGCCAUUGAUGAUACUCGACCCGAAACUUGUGCAUCCGCUGCUUAUUUCCAUCAACAUGUUGGUCGUGAUGCCGCCAAACCAGAGCUUCAAGGAGAUUGUGCCGCACAGCGAGGACACGAGGACGACAUCCCUAUCCAUACCCAUUUCGGAAAUUGGAGCGGACUGCGAACGUCCGAUGACCCCGUCCAGCGCCGACGAUUCGGCGGUCUUUAUAGGCGACUCUGAGGCUUCCACGCCGUCGUCACCGGCUCCGCGGCCUAGAAUUACAUGGCGUGUAGCCAGCAGCGAGACGGACGCCUUAGGCGAUUUGGCGUGCUGAGCGCGCUUAACCACUACCAGUGCCCACCACUACCACCAUUUUCUGUUCAUUUGCCCGCUGCCUGUUCGGGCCUCGUUCUUGUAAUUGUAAAUUCGUUGCUAACCGAUCUGAUUAUCUGAUUAUCAAUACCGGCAAUCGUUUUGGCAUACGCAUCAGAUCUAUAUAUAUCUAUAAGUAUAUUUUUGUAAAUCGUUUACAUCACAAAAUUAUCUUGUAUCUAAUUGCAUACACUUUCAUCAUCAUCUACUUGUUUAGAGUAGACGCGAUCUUUCUCGUGCCCUCGCACAAUCGCAGAUGUUGCAUAUAUACAUAUACAUACUUAUAUAUAGUUUAUAAAAUGGCCGUCUUUUAAGAUUGUUUGUUAUGUUUAAGUAACAAAAGAAACGCGGCAAAGUAACUAAGAUACAUUUAAGUGUGUUCGAAUUACGUACGUACAAUUAACGCAUCUAACUGCUGUCCCAACACAUUUUUUACUCGCUUCAUGUACGCACAGUGUAACCAUUACCUUUUCGAGUGAUAAAUCAUUUAUUAAAGUUUAAACUAUUGAUUCAA